CUCUGACCAGGUCACCACGAUCACCACCACCACCAUGUCGGCCGAUCCAGCCCCCGAGAGGGGCCAGGACGACUUCGACGGCUCGGACCCGACCUAUACCCACUUCCAACAUCGGGCGGAGUUCAUGUCCCUCCUGUCGGCCUUCCUCGCCAUCCCUCUCGCAGCUGAUCCAACACCCGCCGAAGACAAGAAUGAGAGCGGCCUCGUGACGCAAUUAGGCAACAUCCUCGACUACUAUCUGCCUAUGCCCGGCCUCCUCGACCCAGCUCUCGAGGACAUCGUGCCACCGCUAAUGGACGCCCUUGCUGCCGCCCUGGACAACUUGCAAGCGGGCAAGGCGCCUAACGCGGCCCGCCUCGCUCGCCUUGGCCGCGUCGUGAAUUGGGUAGUCAAAGUGCGCGGGUGGAAGGCCGUCAUCCCCUACUUCCCCUCCGCCUUGGGCCACCUACAUGUGCUCAUCGCUCUCCUCCCCGACUCGCGGCUCGCCUCCGACGACUCUUGGGAGCUUCGUGCCGUCCUCCAGCUCUGGCUAGCCCUCCUUCUCACCGUUCCUUUCAGUCUGGCUGCGCUUUCUGACAAGCCUGGCGCCACGGGGCUCGACGUGCCCAGCCACAAGCGCCUCUUCGCUGCCCCCACUUCCGACCUUGCCGCACGAGUGGUCCUCUUGGCGCUGCCACUUCUCCAUCGCCCAGGUCGCGAAGGGGAAUAUGCCGCUCUUGUUCUAGCUCGCCUUUUCGCUCGAGACGACGCCGUCCAAGGCCUCCCAGGCUUCCUGGACUGGGCGGGUGCUGAGCUGGCCGACGGAGAGCGCGAAAGGGAGGCCAACUUCGUCACCUCUCUCCUCUCCUUCCUCGCCGUCAUUCCUGCCAUGAUCGACGCAUCACAUCUCCUAACCCUUUGCACCUUCUUGAACGACACACUUAUCCCACACCUCGCGGGCGGCGCAACAGCCGCAUCCUCAGGCCUCAUCCGCAAACUCGCCGUUAAAGCGCGCGGGCGCUGGUGGCUCGCCCGUCUCCGGGACGACAUGGACGGCGUGGAGGACGUACUCGACGACCUCAUGACAGCCUUGAGCGACAAGGACACGAUCGUGCGCUACUCCGCGGCGAAGUAUCUGGCUCGCAUUGCAGCCCUCCUGCCCGCCGAGUUGGCAGAGGAGAUCGCUGGCGCGACAGUCGGCCUUUUCGCGGGGACAGAGGACGAGCCCGUCCAGGAAACGAGCUUCGGCGCCGUCGUCGACCCGGGAGGAAGCGCGGUGGGGCGCGGCGUCAUGGGUCUAGGCGGGGCGGAGGCGAGCCGGGGCGAGGCGCGAUGGCACGGCGUCUGUCUCGCAGUCGCCGAGCUUGCGCGCCGCGGCCUCCUUUCAGAUGUGGCGGAAGCUGUACCGUGGAUUCUCAAGGCGCUGGGCUUUGACCUCCGACGCGCAUCUCACUCCGUCGGGGCGAACGUGCGCGAUGCCGGCGCCUACGUUCUCUGGAGUCUGAGCCGCGCCGCGCCACCAGAGCAGCUAGCCCCCUUCGCUGAGAGAUUGGCCACCGCACUCAUCUGCGCCGCAACGCUCGAUCGCGAGGUCGGUGUGCGCCGUGCGGCCUCUGCCGCAUUUCAGGAGGGCGUGGGCCGCUUGGGGCUUUACCCCGCGGGCAUCGACGUGCUCGCCAAGACGGACUUCUACUCCGUCAGUGUGCGGCGUAAAGCGUUUGCGGUUGCUGCUCCCGCCGUCGCUGCGCAUCCCGUGUACCGCGCCGCUCUGAGGGAACACCUGCAUAACAUCACGCUGCGGCAUUGGGACGUCGCGAUGCGCACCGGUGGCGCAGGCACGCUCGCCGCCCUACUUGCGCUUGCGCCAGAGGACGUGGGUAACUCGACGACACGUGAGCUUGCUUGCGUGGCGGCUUUCGAUCCGACGAGCGCGCACGGCGCGCUUAUCGCGCUUGCACAGAUUGCACCGUCGGUGGGCGACGAGCAGAAGAACGAGUUUAUUGUGGCGCUCGCCCGCGUGCGUGCCGCCGCACUCAUAACGUCUAAUGCGGCCGAGAUCAUCGCGGCCGGCUGUGCGCUCACCGAAGCAGCACUCACUCCCAGCACGGACUUCGCGCCAGCCCAGCGCUUCUUUGACGCUGCGGAGCGCCGGCGUGAGCCCGAAGUGCACGAGGCUCUGGCCGCCGCGGGACGGAGGUAUUCGCAGGUAUACGAACCCGUCGUCGUGGACAAACUCACUCGCCGCGCGGUCGACCAUCUUGCAAGCGCACGGCCGACGCAGCGCCAGGCCAAUGCCCUGUUGUUGGGACAUAUUGAGUAUCGGUCACGAGAGGCGAUGGCACCGGCGCUCGGUGCCCUGCUCGGGUUGCUGGAGCCGGCGGCAAAGGCGGACGUGGAAACGAGGCGGAAUGCCGUGCGCUCUCUUGCUGAUCUCGCCGUUCAGACUGCAGGCGCUGAGCUGAUUCUUGACGCGACUGACUUUGCUCGUGUGGUGGUCGCCCUGACCAAGGCGUUGGAGGACUACGCGACAGACCAGCGCGGCGACGUCGGAUCGUGGGUACGCGCUGCAGCGGUCUGCGCUCUCUCACGCGUCCUCGUCGCAGCUGCGUCUUGCCCGCGCCCUCUGGAUCUGGUCUCGCAGGACGCCUUCGCCGCCGCGACAGGCGGCAUGGCGAAGCAGGCGCUCGAGAAGCUCGACGUCGUGCGAGGUGCUGCAACCGCCGCGUGGGGCGAUCUUCUCGCCGCCAACGCGGACAGCGUCUGGAGUUGGCCCGGGGCACGCUGCAUGCUCGAUGGCUCGCAAAUGCGGCCCAGCCCAGAAUGGUUCACAGCUGGACUCGAGUUGCUCCGCACACCGGCGCGUGCCGCAAUGCUUUCUGGACUGGUGCAGAUUGCCGGAAGCGCAGUUCAUUCGAGUUCUGACCGCGCCGCAGCCCCGCUGGUGCAGUGGCUCUCCGCCCUCCCCGCAGGAGACGAGACGCACGCUCUCGUCCUGGCCGAUCUGUGCACCCUUCUAGGCGCGAACCUGGGCGGCAACCGCGUCGCCGUGCCCACACUCACAACCCUCGCGCGCCUCUUUGCGGCAGAAACGCCUAUCUCCUCGGAUCCAGGAGUGUACACCCGCGCGCUGUCGCUCGCAACGCGCGGCGUGCCGGCUUUUAAAUCGAUCGACCGCAUCACAGCCGCGCUCCGCCUUGUGGUGGCGACGCUCACGCUCCCCUUUGAUAGGGUGCAGACGGCCGCGGCGGCUGCGCUGCCCGCGUUUCUCGCGCACCGCUUCCCGCGUAUCCGCGCUGCAGCGGCGGAGUCGACGUACCUCGCCCUCGAGGAGGAGGGGGAGCUCGAUCCGGAGCUCGAGGAGAUGCUUCUCGAGACGAACUGGGCGGAGGAGGCGGACGCCGAGGCCGCGGGGCGCGUGGCGGAGCUCGUGCGGGAUUGCAUCUCGGGGAGGCAGAAGGAUGGAGUGGACGUCUAGAGAUACGUUAUAAUGCACCAAUGUAUAUAUUUGCAU